AUGACCGUUGAUGAAAACAUGCUGAUUCAGAAGAAACUAGAUUAUCCUGACAUGAAGACCUACAAUUGUUGUUACGGAUCCUUAGACUUCGUCGAUUCCCAUUCAGGAUUUCUCCAGAAGAACGAAACUUGUACAGAGUUUCAUUCAGCAUUGCAAGUCAGCACUGAGUUCGCCUAUGUUCAAUGCAGCAUGAAAAGCGUGAUUGUAUACGAAGAUUUCUACUUUUUCUUGAACAAUCACCAAUAUCGACAGAAUGCACGCCAAGGAGACGUUGGUGCCCCGAGUGUUAUUGUCCUAAUUUUAGGUCAUACAUCUCGGCAUGUUUUUCACCAAGCAAUGCCAAAAACUGUACAGUAUCUAGAGCAGAUUUUGAAGGCUCAAGAGUUUCACUACUUGCAAGGACACGUCAGAACGCAUAAAAACUUACAGAAUCUAAUUCGAGAUGCAUUCGAAGAGGACGCAAGAGAGAUUUGGCUGGAUUUUGCUCGUAGUGGUUAUACGACGGCGUACGGCGACGACUGUAGCAACGACGAGUCGAAAUUAACGCCAUCCGACGUCCUGCUGGAUCGAUUCUAUCCAUUCGAUUUUAAUUGGGAAAGUUUUUACGCCAUCGGGCGUUCGCAUAUCGGCAAUCAGGAUGCAGGCCGGGAGCGGCCCGGCUGCCUGGGUGCUCGGCCUACGUACGCGCGGCUUCUGGACUACGCCGGGCAAUACGUGAACCUGCGGAACGAUAAUAAUCCGCGACCGUUGUUCGGCGUGUUCUACAUCGACGCGUUCCGAUACGAUCGCGGUAAUUUGCGGCGCGCCGAUCGGCGUUUUUUGAAUUUCUUUCAGACGAUAUCAUCGCAUCUUAACAGGGAUACUGCGUUGAUGUUCGUCGGCGAUAAUGUCGUUGCUGAGCGUGUUGAAGGUGGGAAUGCAAAAGAGGCGGCGGCGCGCACGGCCGGAAAUUAUGUAAAAUCGCCUCCGCUCUUCUAUUUCCUCUUGCCGAUAUCAUAUAAAAUUGAAUACCCAGAUGCGUCGACGGCGCUGGAAUGGAAUUCGAAGAAAAUGGUCACUUACGCCGAUAUCCAUAGCACGUUGAGAGACUUAAUAAAGGAUAACCGAAGAAGCGCUGCCAAUGGAUAUAGUCUACUGAAAAAAAUUCCCGCAGGCCGAUCGUGUUCAAGUCUCGGGAUCUCUCCGCAUUGGUGCUUGUGUCCUAAUGGCCAAUGA